UUUGCAAAAGGGAAGGAAAAAUUCAUCAAACGUCUAUCAGGACUCGGACGUGCAUACGCACUCGCGUUUGCUUCUCGAGGUGCAAACGUCGUAGUUAAUGACCUCGGAGUAACUCGUGCGGGUGAUGGUUCCUCUUCCGCGGCUGCCGACAAAGUAGUUGAUGAAAUUAUUAAGGCCGGCGGCAAAGCAGUAUCCAAUUACAAUUCUGUUGAAGAUGGUGACAAAAUAGUCGAAACUGCUAUCAAGGCAUUUGGUCGAGUCGAUAUUGUGAUCAAUAAUGCUGGUAUUAUACGUGACAAAUCUUUUGCAAGAAUUACCGAUGAAGAUUGGGAUCUUAUUCAAAAUGUCCACGUUCGUGGUUCAUAUAAGGUUACAAAGGCUGCUUGGGAUCUAUUCCGUAAGCAAAAGUUUGGUCGAAUUAUUAACACGGCUUCUGCAUCCGGUAUAUACGGUAAUUUCGGUCAGGCCAACUAUACUGCAGCUAAGCUUGCGCUAGUAAGUUUCACGGAAACACUUGCCAAAGAGGGGGCUAAGGAUAAUAUUCACGUAAAUGUAAUUGCCCCAAUCGCUGCGUCUCGUAUGACUGAAACUAUCAUGCCUCCAGAUGUUCUUGCAUCUCUCAAACCCGAUUAUGUCGCGCCUCUCGUUCUCUAUCUAUGUCACGAAUCUACAGAAGAGAAUGGUAGUUUAUUUGAGGUUGGCGCUGGUUUUGUGGCUAAACUUCGUUGGGAAAGGUCAAAAGGAGCAGUUUUCAAAGCAGACGAUUCCUUUUUACCGGGUACUGUCUCCGCAAAAUGGUCUGAAAUCACGGAUUUCUCUCAGGUAGACUACCCCAUGUCUCCGGCUGAUACCGACUUUCAAAGUUUGCUCGAGAAAGCAAAAUCUCUAACAUCCAACCCUAAGUCAGAAGAUUUAAGGUUUGAUGGUAAGGUUGUCAUCAUAACGGGCGCCGGGGGUGGUCUCGGUAGAUCAUAUGCCUUAUUAUUUGGUCGAUUAGGAGCUUCAGUAGUCGUGAAUGAUCUUGGAGUUAGUGCUCAUGGGCAAGGAAUGUCUGCAAGUGCAGCUGACAAAGUUGUCGAGGAAAUACGUCAAGCUGGUGGUAAAGCCGUUGCAAACCACGAUUCAGUUGAAGAUGGCGAAAAAAUCGUUGAGACAGCUAUAAAAGCAUUUGGACGUGUUGACGUUAUUGUAAAUAAUGCGGGUAUAUUGAGAGAUAAGUCAUUUGCAAGAAUAACAGACCAAGAUUGGGAUCUAGUACAAAGAGUUCAUCUACGUGGAACAUAUAAAGUAAUAAAGGCAGCUUGGCCUUAUUUCACAAAACAGAAGUAUGGUCGUAUAAUAAAUACCGCUUCUUCUGUUGGUCUUUAUGGAAAUUUCGGUCAAUCUAAUUAUAGCGCAGCAAAACUUGGCAUCCUUGGGUUCAGUAACACUCUCGCUUUGGAGGGUCGUAAAAAUAACAUUAACGUGAAUACCAUAGCACCUAAUGCUGGUACUCGUAUGACCGCUACGGUUUGGCCACCCGAAAUGGUUGAGGCUUUCAAACCUGAUUAUGUAGCACCAUUUGUUGCAUUCCUUGCCCAUGAGUCGUGCUCUUCUACUGGAAAUGUGUUUGAAGUAGGCGGUUGUUGGGCUGCUCAAGUUCGAUGGCAACGAUCUGGUGGUGUUGGUUUUUCUACAUCUAAACCUUUAUUGCCAGAAGACGUUAAAUCGAAAUGGAUUGAAAUAACGAACUUCGAUGAUGGUCGUGCUACACACCCUAGAACCACACAAGAAGCUCUUCAACAAUUUUUUGAGAACUUCUCCAACGCUCAAUCAUCCGGAUCUAAAACUCAAAAAGAAGCAGGAUCUAGUAAAAUUGACGUAGAGGCGGCAAAGAAAAUGCAAUUUAAACAAAAUGAAUUCGCAUACAGUGAGAGAGAUGUUAUACUUUAUGCUUUAGGUGUUGGCGCGACGCGUAACGACUUACAAUGGGUCUACGAAAAUCAUGAAAACUUCUCGGUUUUACCGACCUUUGGUGUCAUUCCGGCCCUGAUCGUUUCGAGUUCAUUCCCGUUAACAUCAGUGUUGGGUGAAUUUAACCUCAUGAUGCUUUUGCACGGUGAACAAUAUCUUGAACUUAAGAAACCUAUUCCCACCUCGGGAAAACUGAUUUCAUCAAGUCGAAUUGUCGACAUUCUUGACAAAGGCAAAGGUGCAUCCAUCACUAUUGGUGUUACCACGAGGGAUGAGAAAGGUGAAGUCGUAUUCGAGAAUGAAACAAGUUUAUAUGUUCGUGGGAUUGGCGGUUUUGGGGGGAAGAAGACGGGAGAGGAUCGAGGUGCCGCUACUGCAGCAAAUGUGCCACCGAAAAGAGCACCCGAUGCCGUCGUUCGAGAAAAAACUUUCGAGA